AUGGGGUUCAAAUUGUUAACAUCCACACCCUAUUAUGCUCAAGCCAAUGGGCAAGUUGAAGCAGCCAACAAAGUAAUAAUUGAGCUAAUCAAAAAGCAUGUAGGGGAAAAGCCAAAAAAUUGGCACAAAACUUUAGACCAAGCACUUUGGGCUUGUCGAACCUCCCCUAAAGAAGCCACUAACAUUACACCUUUCCAGCUUACAUUUGGACAUGAUGCAGUACUACCUGUCGAAGUCUACUUGAAAUCAGUAAGAAUCCAAACACAAGGAGAAAUCCCAUCUGACUUAUACUGGGAAAUGAUGAUAAAUGAGUUGGUGGAUUUGGACGAAGAAAGGUUACAUGCGUUAGAAGUAUUAAGAAGACAGAAGGAGAGGGUAGCAAGGGCAUACAAUAAGAGGGUCAAAGGUAAAACCUUUACUAUGAAUGAUUUAGUGUGGAAAGUCAUAUUGCCUAUGGAUCGAAAGAAUAAGGCAUUAGGAAAAUGGUCUCCACAUUGGGAAGGACCUUUUUGA